CUCAAUUUUUAUGCCACAAUGGGCACAUUGUCAUUUACCGCAUGUUGUACGGUGUGUCUGACGUCGGUUAACUAAUUUUCUCGUGUGUUUUGUGUUAAAUAAUGUUAAUAUUGUGUUUUAGUUCGCCAGUUUCUGUCUUCAUUUUAUUUUGUUCUAACUCCUAAUCCUUUAAUAUUAUAAUUUUCAAAUAACGUUUUGGAACUAUAACGUUUUUACUAUUAAGACUUUAUUAGUUUGCCAAUCUUAAAAAAAUAAUGGAUAUUCCCAAAGAAUUGCCUAUUAUUUAUACAACUCCAAUUUUAAUUCCYGAUUUUAUUUUGAAGCUUCGAUUACAAGUUGACGAAUACGCUAAUGUAUUGAAUUAUGCUCAAACUAAUUAUGGUUCAAAAACCACAUUUAUUGGUGUAAUACCAAUAUCCGAUUUUGAUAAGGCAAACAAUAUAAUUGGAACUGUAGGUUUGAUUCUAAAUAUAAUUAAAAUUGAUUCUGUGCCUCAAGACUUUGUUUUGGUCAUACAAGGAAUAUGUCGUUUUAAAUUAGACAUGAAGAUUCAUGAAGCGCCAUUACAAAGUAAUAAGGUCACAAUAAUUAAAAAUUUUCAAAUCCUCCAAGGUGAUGAAAAAGAAAAACAAGAAUUAUAUGUUGAAUUUAGUAAAACAGUGAAUGUAUUUUUAGCAUACUCCAACCAAGGAAUAACAUUAAAUCCAUCAGCAAAAGAAUCCUUAAAGAUAGCAUUCAAAAAUGCUCCCUUAUAUAAAACCGUUGAUUACAUUCUGAAAAAUUAUGUACAUUUAACUCCAUCUGAUACGUAUACAAUUCUUAGAGCUACAAGCUUAAAUGAUAUAUUGAAAUUUGUUACAAAUUGGCUAAAAAGAGAAACAAUUAAUGAAAACAAAUAUUCAAAAUCUGAAAACCCCGUUUUAAUUCCAAUCCCAUCUAUAAUUCUUACUGCUACUAAUGGGAAUAGGAGUAUUUUACUGAAGAAACCAAAUUCACAAGAAUUAAAUCAAUUACAAACAACCAUUCAAGAUUCUGGAAUGCCAACACCAAUACAUAAAACGAUUAUGGAAGAAUUUAAAAGACUUCACGAAAUGAGUACUAGCAAUCCUGAUUAUUCUGUACUUAUAAAUUAUAUCAGCUAUGUUGCAAAUUUACCAUGGAAAAAACGUACAAAUGAAACUUUAGAUCUGGAAAAAGCUAAAAAUGUAUUGAAAUCAAACCAUUAUGGCAUGGAAAAGGUGAAAAAUAGAAUAUUGCAAUUCAUWGCUGUAAAAAUAUUGAACCCAGAUCGUCGAGGRCCUAUACUUUGUUUKAUUGGGCCACCUGGUGUUGGCAAGACAUCUAUCGCUAAAGCUAUUUCCAGUUCGUUAAAUCGAACUUUUAAAAGAAUAUCAUUAGGUGGGAUAAACCACUAUUCAGAUAUUAAAGGACACAGAAGAACAUAUAUCGGAUACAGAGGUGUAAGUGGUGAUCCUGCUGCAGCAUUAUUAGAAGUUUUAGAUCCAGAACAAAAUAGUUCAUUUGUCGAUUCAUWUAUUAACUUGCCAUUUGAUGUCAGUCAAGUAAUGUUUAUAUCAACAGCUAAUAGUGCUGCUAAUAUACCUCAGACAUUGCGUGAUCGAAUGGAAAUAAUUUAUUUGGAAGGAUACACACAAGAAGAAAAAAUGCAAAUUGCAGAAACUUAUUUGAUUCCCAAGAUACUUAAAGAUCAUAAUAUGAAUGAGUUGCAGAUAACUAUUUGCAAAAAUACAAUAAAAGAUAUAAUUCAAAAAUAUACAAAUGAAUCUGGUGUAAGAGAAUUGCAGCGUAAACUAGAAGUUAUUUGUCAUUACGUUGCUGUAGAUAUAGUUGAGAAUGGUGAUAAAACAAUAAAAAACUAUGUGRUCACACCAGAAUUAUUAUUGAAUAUUCUCGAUAGUGAAUUAUACAAUGUAAAAAAUACACUAGUAGAAGAAAGUUGUAACAAAAUAGGUGUUGCUAUUGGAAUGGCGUGGUCUCGAGUCGGUGGGAUGGUUCAAGUUAUUGAAGCAACUAAAUUGUAUUCGACUAACGAGAAAAAUCAGCUAGUCCUAACUGGUCUAGCAGGCCAAACUCUAAAAGAAUCAGUGUCAAUAGCACAGCAUUGGAUACAAGCAUUUGUAAAAAAAAAUGAAGUUAACAUACAAGAUUUCUGUGUUCAUGUUCAUUUACCUACAGGAGGAAUUCCAAAAGAUGGGCCAUCUGCCGGGAUAACAAUUGUGUGUGCAUUAAUCUCUCUUUUUUGGAAAAUACCUUUAAGACCAAUGAUUGCAAUGACUGGAGAAAUAUCAUUGAAUGGAUAUGUCUUGCCUGUCGGUGGAGUAAAAGAAAAAAUUUUAGCUGCACACAAUUCAAAUAUUAAAACGGUCAUCAUACCUGAACGUAAUAUGAAAGAUUUAAAAAAAAUACCCAACAAUAUCAGGGAAGAGUUAAAUAUGAUUCCAGUAAAACAUUUAGAGGAAGUAUUGGAUAUUGUUAUUCCUGGAGGAUUGACAAUACUGAAAAAUCCCUCAUUUAGAACAAUUGAAAUAUGUAAACUUUAGUUCUAGCAUUAACUAUCAAUUAUUUUAAAUGUUUAAUUAAAUAUUAUGUAUUUAAGUGGCAUAAUAGUUAGGCCAAAUUUUGGGAGUCCUUGUGGGGCUUUACUGUCCCUCCAUAUGACUGAAAGUUUUUUAGCGAUUAGCAUACUUUUUUCUUAAAACUAAUAAAAUUAUAGUUUAUUUUAAAUAUAAAGCAUUAUAAAUACAUUCAAAAAUUCAAACAGCUAAUUUUUAAAAUGUCUGAGGACUCGAUUCAACUCCUUUGUGACCUUAGUAUUUUUCAGGGAUUGCUAGUAUGACCCCUUACAGCCCCGUUUAUACCACUAAUAAAUUAUAUAAUAUGAUAAAUGUUUUUGUAUUAAUGAUUUGCUAAAUUAAAACAAAUUUUUGGAGAAA